CUGUCGAGUCCGGGGAGGUGCUGAAAUGGCAGGGGCGCGCUAGCCGCCGCCUUGAUUGGCAGAGCGGCCGGGUGACAGACAGGGGGUCCCCGCGGCGCCCGCGGCUCCAACCCGCCCACCCCCAGUUAGCGGCGCGGGCUGGCUGGCUGGCUGGCUGGCGGGCCCUGGCUGAGCAAGCCCUAGCCGAGGCCGACCCCGCAGCCCUCUCCAGGCGGGAAGGCUCUCCCCACCCCCAUCCGGCAACCCCCAGCCGCACCCUCCCGGCCCCGCGGGCAUCCGCUGCGCGUCCUGCCCCGGGGCGCCCGCGCAGCAGCUCCAUGUUCCAGCUGCCCAUCCUGAACUUCAGCCCCCAGCAGGUAGCCGGGGUAUGCGAGACCCUGGAGGAGAGCGGCGACGUGGAACGCCUGGGUCGCUUCCUGUGGUCGCUGCCCGUGGCCCCGGCGGCCUGCGAGGCCCUCAACAAGAAUGAGUCGGUGCUGCGCGCCAGGGCCAUCGUGGCCUUCCACGGCGGCAACUACCGCGAGCUCUACCACAUCCUGGAGAACCACAAGUUCACGAAGGAAUCGCACGCCAAGCUGCAGGCGCUGUGGCUGGAAGCGCACUACCAGGAGGCGGAGAAGCUGCGCGGGCGGCCGCUGGGGCCGGUGGACAAGUACCGGGUGAGGAAGAAGUUCCCGCUGCCGCGCACCAUCUGGGACGGCGAGCAGAAGACGCACUGCUUCAAGGAGCGCACGCGGCACCUGCUGCGGGAGUGGUACCUCCAGGACCCCUACCCCAACCCCAGCAAGAAGCGCGAGCUCGCCCAGGCCACCGGACUCACCCCCACGCAGGUGGGCAACUGGUUCAAAAACCGCCGGCAAAGGGACCGGGCGGCCGCAGCCAAAAACAGACUCCAGCAGCAGGUUCUGUCCCAGGGCCCGGUGAGGGUGCUGCGCUCCGAGGGAGACGGCGCGCCGGAGGUCUUGGGCGUCGCCUCCAGCCCGGCCGCCAGCCUGUCGAGCAAAGCGGCCACGUCGGCCAUCUCCAUCACGUCCAGCGACAGCGAGUGCGACAUCUGAGCUGCACACUCGUCCGCUCAGCAACGGAAUCCAGUGUAAAAUCGAGACACACGAAAUCAGAGAAGAGAGGGCGAGGCCGGCCAGCAGCGCCGGCGGAGGCUGCGGCCGGGGACCCGCGGGCCUACGUGGCCCUGUUUGCCAGGCGGCGCCGGGCCCGCGGCGAGGCCUGACCACCGCCGCUCCUCGGCCCUCGCAGCGCUUUUUCUGAAGGAUCUGGCUGCAGAGACUCCCUUGGAACGUUCCUGCAAGCUGAGCGCCCGCCCUUGAGUCCCCUGUGGGUAUUUUACGUCGAAAGGACGCUAUUAUAUAUAUGUAUAACUUUUGCUUCGAAGGUUUCUUUUUUUUUUUAAAAAAAAAAAACAUAUAUAUAUGCUGUUUAUUUACUUAUUUAAAAGACUUCCGCGUUAGGUUUCUCUGUAGCUUGGAGAACUUGCUGUUUGGAACGCAAGCUCACGCAUUCUGUGUGAAGAAGCCAAAUAAUAAAACAACUUGGUGG